AUGACCCACGUGCACCUUUUGCUCCUUCUUUGCUCGUCUUUGUCAAGCGCUGCCUCUGCUUCAAAGAGCCUCGUGGUUUCGGUCAGGUCCUCUGUCUUAGAGCAGCUUGGUAGAGAAACCACACUACCAUGCUGGCUCAAUCCACCACAGAGUGCCGAGGCUCUGGAGGUACAGUGGUUCCGCAAUGAUCCCUUAAAUACCCCGAUCCUACUGUAUUACAAUAAAAAGAUGUACGGGAUCCAGGAUGCUUCGUACGAGGGUCGAGCCUUGUUUGGCCUGAAGGACGCAGCAUCCGGUGGGUUGGCAGCAGGAGACGUGAGCCUGAAGCUGUUAAAUGUCGGGAUUGAGGACGAGGGAGAUUACACUUGUUACGUGAGCAGUGGUCAGCAUUCUGACCGUGGAAGUGUCAGUCUCAAUUUGACAGGAACAGGAACCACUCCGCACCUGUCAAUGGUGUGGAACGAAGAAAACCUGGUGAAUUUAAGCUGUGGAUCUGAAGGCUGGUAUCCGAGGCCGAAGCUGCAAUGGGCCGACCACAAGCAGAUUCUGACCCCAAAGAGUUUGGAGUACAGCAAAGUCUCUUCUGGUCUUGUGUCAGUCCACAGCUGGGUGCUGGUCCCAAGCUCCUCGGAGGUUUCCUGCUCAGUGGGUCUCUCUGACGUGGACAUGAAGGAGGCAAGAGUGCGGCUGGAAAUCCCUCCUCCACCUGACAAACAGGUGGUUCAAUCUGCGCCUGGAUUGGUGGCUGCAUUGGUGAUCUUCAUUCUACUCUUCUUGGCCGCAUUAGCUUUACUUGGAUGGCCGUACAUCAAAAAGAGAGGUACAUUUUUCCAGAAGAAAGGCAAAUCAGAGGGCAACCAAGCUGAGGAGAAUAUUAAGCUUUUACCAGAAGUUGAGAAGGCAGCUCUUGAAGAGGCUAAAAAGCAUUACGUAAAUAUUGAACUUGAGGAUAAAGGAAAUCCACACGUCACAAUCAGAGCUGGUAUCUUCAGAGACAAGCACCAUCCUAAUGUAACAGCCGUUACCUGUCUCACAGCGAUAAGGGGAACCCCUGGCUUCACUUCAGGUCAACACUACUGGGAGGUUUCUUUGUGGCAUCCUAAUUUAGAGGUCAAACAGUCCUGGUGGGUGGGGGUAACGAAGGCAACUGACUUCCCUCUGCAGGGUGAUGCUCCUUCUAGCACUUCAAAUGGUUUCUGGUUCCUGUCGUCUUCCCCUGAGAGAGCAGACAGCUUUCAGCUAAACACAGAACCAAAGGUUUUACUGCCUGUUCGCUCAAGACCGAGAACAGUCGGUGUAUAUCUGAAUUAUGACAGCGGAGAGCUUUCCUUUUUUGAUGUGGAAGAUGAAUCUGUCAUUGGAUCUGUCACUGCUAAGUUCCAAGGUGAAGUCUUUCCGUUUUUCAAUCCUGGUAAAUGUGACAGAGCAACUAUGAAGAUAAUAAAGAAGAAAGAACCGGGUGAGUGUAAUGACACAGGGAACAAUGACAGUGCACAAGAGCCUGAAUCUUAAUAUCUUCUGAAUCUAAAAUUGUCUAUUAUAAUAAUUAUACAGCAACUGCAGGGAAUCAUGAAAAGCAUAGAAGGGCGAAUCAUACCCUGUGCAUGGUUACAUAUACUUCAAUCUGGUUUUGCUAACUGGUAACAAUGCCAUUUCAUCAUUACAGCAUUCAAACUACAGGAUGAUGAGUGAUGGUUGAUCUGAACAAGAUGUAGAUCGUGUCUCUGUAAUCGUAGUAGUUACAAAAUGUAAUGCAUUUCUACACUAUAUGAUGUUAUUUAUAACAACCUUAUAGUGACGCCAUAAUGAUCAUCAUCAUUCCCACUACAUAAUCAUGAAUUAUUUUUCAAUCAGAUUUAGGUUUUGUUCAUGAUCCUGUAAAAGAUAUAUAAGCUGCAUAUAUAUAUAUAUAUAUAUAUAAGACUAGAUUGUUUCUCUAUUGUUUGCAAAGCUUUCUUGGAAGAUUUGUGUAAUAAAUGUCAAUAUUUUUGUUGAUCUUUGACCCAUCAGCUCCUUAAGCUAAUCAUCUAAAGAUAGACUCCCAAGUAAUAUUUACUCUACUUUUUAACUCAUAUAACAUUAAUAAACUACAUGCCUGUAUUUUAAAAUUCUGCCCUGGAACUCGGUUUGAAUAAUGAAACGUGUGGAGAAUAGAUAAAUUCAGGCUUAAUGGAUAGAAGCAACCUCCAAAGGGGGCGGAGUCAUUCCAGCAUUGUACGCAAAAGGUUGCAAAAAUCGAACCUUCAGAUAACAUUCUUGAUGUUUACCUGUUUCUUCUUCAGUGGUAGUUGUAGUUCAGACUUAAGAAAACUGCAUGUUAGAAUAUUUUGUCACAUAAACAGUUUUAUAGUGUUUGCAAGAGAUAAAUGAGUAAUUUGUUUAAUUUAAUUUAACAAAGUCUUUGUGUUGUGGGCUCCCGCGUUCUACAGCAAUGAGGCUAUGAAAAGUAUUAGUUAGAUAUGAAGUAGUAUUAUUUGGACUAAAUUAAUGUAUAAUUAUAUAGUGUUUUUCAUGUUUUAUUUGAUGUGUUCAUAUUUUUAUACCGUUUGUCUUUUCAUUGAUUGAAUUUUAAAACACUGCAUGAAGUUUGUACUUUUUGGUACCGUCAGUUUUUUUCAAUAAACUCAAUGAAUCUGA